AUGGCACACUCUUCCAGCACUUGGGUUUUGCACUUGGCUGUUUUGGGAGUUUUGCUUUUCACCCUGGCUUCUGUAACACAGGGGCAAGCUGAGGAUGAAGAGAGGUCCUGCCAGGGUGCCUUCGACCUGUAUUUCGUCCUGGACAAGUCAGGAAGUGUUAAACACCACUGGCAUGAGAUCUACUCCUUCGUCGAGCAUUUGGCUGAGAAGUUUAUCAGCCCUCUGUUACGGAUGUCCUUCAUCGUGUUCUCCUCCAGAGGAAACACAAUCAUGACCCUGACUGAGGACAGGGAACAUAUAACCAAAGGACUGAACGUUUUAAGAAAGGAGGUACCAGGAGGAGAUACGUUUAUGCACCUCGGCCUGCAAAAGGCAAAUGAACAGAUUUACAGAGAGAAUUUUGGUAAAGCGAGUGUCAUCAUCGCACUGACGGAUGGAGAACUUAAUGAGCAGCAGCUGGUCGCAGCACAACAGGAGGCGGCCAGAGCCAGAACGUUGGGUGCCAUCGUGUACUGCGUCGGCGUGAAGGAUUUCAACGAGACCCAGCUGGCUACCAUCGCUGACACCAUCGAGCACGUAUUUCCUGUGACGGGAGGAUUCCAGGCGCUGCGAGGAGUAAUUGAUUCGAUCAUCAGAAAAUCCUGUAUUGAGAUCUUGGCAGCUGAGCCGUCCAGUGUAUGUGCAGGAGAGUCGUUCCAGGUUGUGGUUCGAGGUAACGGCUUCUUACAUGCCAGGAAAAUCGACCAGGUGAUGUGCAGCUUCAAAAUCAACGAUACCGUCACACUGAAUAAACGACCCGCCGAUAUAGAAGACACGUACCUGCUGUGUCCAGCUCCGGUGAUAGAUGAAGUCGGAAAGGUGGUUUACCUCCAAGUGAGCAUGAAUGAAGGUCUGUCGUUCAUCACCAGCUCGGUACACAUCACCACCACCGAGUGUUUUGACGGCACCAUUCUUCUGAUCACCCUGCUGGUUCUGUUCCUGUUGCUGGCGCUGUUGUUCAUGUGGUGGUUCUGGCCACUGUGCUGCACCGUAGUCAUCAGAGAGCCUCCUCCACCUCCACCACCUCAACCAGAGUCCGAUGACGAGGACGGGAUGCCGAAGAAGAAAUGGCCCACAGUGGACGCCUCGUACUACGGAGGACGCGGCGUGGGAGGAAUCAAGAGGAUGGAGGUCCGCUGGGGGGGCAAAGGUUCCACUGAAGAGGGGGCCAAGCUGGAGAAACCCAAAAAUGCAGUGGUGAAAAUGCCUGAGCAGGAGUUUGAACCCUUCGAACCCAAGCCUAAAAAAUCUGGAAACAAGAACUUACCCCAGAACAGGAAGUGGUACUCGCCCAUACGGGGUAAACUGGACGCGAUCUGGGCUCUGUUCCGCCGUGGUUAUGACCAAGUUUCACUUAUGAGACCACAACCUGGAGAUCAUGGUCGGUGCAUCAACUUCACCAGGGUGAAAGAGGAGGCAGCCAAGAACCCACCCAGCGCCCAGAAGCCGCCCCCACCUCCGUCGGAGUAUUGCAUGGCCCCGCCCCCCAUGAGUCCACCUCCUCAGUGUUCACCUCCCAAAGGAGCCCAAAUCCCGGGACCUCCUCCCGCCCGGGCUCCGCCUACCGCACCGGGCCCGCCCCCGGCCCGGCCCCCGCCCAGACCCUGAGAUCCCAGCGCCGCCGAGAGUUUGUUUCUCCAGCCGAAAUAUGCUCCUCACACCAAAGAAAUAGUACACGUAAGCGAUAUUUAUCAGCGGCAGGAAGCCUACGGUAUGUGCUUUGUUGCUGGACAGCAAAAACAAUUAUUGGGACAGUAUCGACAAAUGCAAUAAGGGAGAGAUGCUAAUAUCAACUACUGAAUAUGCAAAGUCAGUAAAGAGUACCUACUUUUGGAAAAGAGCCCCUGUUUUAGUUCUGAUUCGAUGUAGUUCCAUCCACCGGGAGAUGUUGGUUAGAUGGUUACACAAGUUGAUUAGAUUGGAUGAAACAUGAAAGUAUCUCGUUUUUGGGCAUUUCCCUUUGAUGCCGUUUGCUUGGUUGUGCAUUCAGUGAUGGAUCUGAAUCCAUUGUUCGACUGCAGAGUCUCUCAGGUCAGCUUCUGGUUGGGCUAAUUAAAUAAAAUCAUGAAUCGGGACGAGUAAUGAAGACGUAGGAACGAGCGCGUGUGGAAGUUGUUCAGACGGACGGAGCGGAUCUCCAGCUUUUGGUACCUUCCUAAUGUAGGUACAGUGCCUUGCAGAAAUAUUCACCCUUCUUCAACCUUUUUCACAUUUUUGUUGUGUUACAGUCUGGAGAUGUAACAAACAUGAUAUGGUCAAAAGUAUAUGGACACCCCUUCUAGUUAUUA